AUGUCACCUCUACAACUCUCAUCAUCCAUAUCGUCAAUCACCACCACACCAUCUUCCUCCUCAUCUCUCUCCUCUUCUUCAAGCGGUAUGCGAUCUUUUCCUAAUCCAGUAGCAGUAUUCAACGACCGGUUCAUCUUCACCUCAUUGACAGAGCGUCAAGUCCAAGCUCAUGGUAGACAUCCCUAUGUCCAUCCUGAGACAGGCAGAAGUGUCCUACUCUUUUCGCUGGACGAAGAGAUGCAUUAUACCCCGUUUGCGAAAGAUCACGGACCACUCAAUUUGGCAUUUACUUUUCAAGCUUGUAUUAGGAUACAUGACAGGUUGGAACGCACUGAAGCGAGGAAGAAACCUUUGUGUCUGUAUACUACUACCGAACCGGAGAAGAAAUCAUGCAUGACUCUAAUCGUUGCUUUAUACUUUUUGAUUGUUGGACGACAACCUCCCUGGAAUGCGUUCAGACCGAUAGCACCACUUGAGAUUAUGCCAUUCAGAGAUGCUGGAAAUGGUCCGAUGGAUUAUGGAUUAUCUAUCCAGGAUAUACUGUAUGGAGUGGACAAAGCUAUGAAUAAUGGAUUAUUGGAUUUAGCCAACUUCGAUCAAGAGGCUUAUCAGAAAUAUGAACAAGUCGACAAUGGAGAUCUAAAUAUCCUCGGUCCAUUCAUACCUUUCGCUUCUCCCAUGGAAGAAAGAUGGUUAAAAGCGAUUAGAUCAUCUACCAAAACCACUUCGACUCCAAGAGGAACUGUGAAGACCACAGUUAAGACUGUCGAGAAAGCGAGAAUCACCUCAAAUGCCAUGAAAUGCGUGAUGGAAGUAUUUGAGAAGGAAAAUGUGGGCUUGGUCGUCAGGCUGAAUGAUGAGCUCUACGACCGUCGUCAUUUCCUUGAUCUGGGAAUGGACCACGUCGAGAUGUACUUCGACGAUGGCUCAAAUCCUUCGGAUGAAAUCGUCAGAGAAUUUAUCAGACUAGCAGAAAACAUCAUAGAAGUACGAGGACAAAAGGUUGCUGUGCAUUGCAAGGCUGGACUGGGUAGAACAGGAGUACUUAUAGGAGCUUAUCUCAUAUACAAAUACCAAUUCACGGCUCAAGAGGUCAUAGGUUUCAUGCGGAUUGUGAGACCUGGUAUGGUAGUUGGACCUCAACAACAUUACAUGUUGAUCAAUCAGAUGAAGUGGUCUGGAUGGGCUGCCCGCGACCAGCUUCUUCGAGAACUUACAGCGGAAGCGGCUGCCAAAGAGCCUGUCAACCCUCUUGCAACUCCCCCUACAGAACUCACCAAUCUUAUACCUACAACAUCGCACGCAUUGCAAGACGCAGAGCAUGCUCAAAAUAUCAUCUUACAAGAAGCAGCCGUCAAGCUAUCCGAGAGCAAGACCUCUCCACGAUCCAGCACACCCACUACCAAAGUCAUGCAUAAAGCUGGAGACACAGCUGGUCAACCUCGAAAAACGCCUGCUCGACUUAGUCUACGAGGUAGUCAUCACACGACUUCCUCACCAGCAAGAGAGGAAUUGUCUGUCAUUCUGGAACCUGCAAGCCCACCUAUCGUCAUCGAGGACUCACCCAUGGACAAAUCAGAGCCGGCAAUUCAACCUGUUAUGGAGACUCAAUCUACCCCCGAGCCGGAGAUUGGCUCUGUUCCACAUUCUACUGGAUCAAUGCGAGGCACCAAACGAGCAGCUGGUCGAUCAUCGAUACCAUCUUUCAGGUCUUCUCCACCUAGAGUCACCUUGGCAGUGCCUGCACCGACCUUAUCUAGAUCGUCUUCGAGUGCUUCGAUGAGCUCGAUCAGCUCUUUUGAUCAAGAUCAUCGACCACCUAAACGAAGGUCACCAACCGGAUCACCGCUUGCGAAGAAUGGUAUCUCGUCUCCACCGCCGAGCAGGGAAAGUUCACCUGCACCUUUACCUUCCUCUCCUUCUAGUCACGGUGACAACGAGAAUAGAGAAGAAAAAAUGAUGAUUGAUGGAGAACCCGAUCCUGAGGGACGACCGCCCUCCACACCUAGUUCUAGAAUUACCAAUAAGCUUAGAAGAAGAGUUAUUUCACCUUCAUCUCCUUCACCACCGGUUGAUACUUCGUCUACUACGCCACCUCCAACUUCCGUAUCGCUACUAGCUCCUGGCGAGACUGCCAUAAAUGCUCUUUCGGGAUUGACAUCUCUACCUAAAGCUCAUAUACCCAAGAGAAGCUUCUUACCGGUCCGAAAGAAUGUGACUCAGAACCAGUACUUUGAUCCAAAGACGGUCACUUUGGUAUCUCAGCCUCCCGUACCUGUGUCAAUACCCUCGACUCCCUCCAGAAAAAUCGAUCAAGGUGUCAAGUCCUCGACUCCGAAGAGGUUGACUGCGAAUGCCAAGAGAUCAAUGUUGACUCCUCCUCGAAUUACGGAGAUGUGGGGAUCACCUGAACCAUGA